UUAAGAGGACCGAUGUGGGACUGAGUAAAGGAGAGUUCGACCUGGUUUGUGCAAAACCUCAAGCGAGAGAAACAGAAGAAUAGGAAAAAGGAAAGGUGGGGAAAAUGUUGAAGUUCUUGUCGAAGGUGAGGAUCGAGUUCAACGCAUUGGAUCCACGGACGGCGGCGUGUAUGGAGUUUUUGGCUCAAUGCAACGCCCGCAAGGCUAAGGAAUCGAACCCAGCUUGCCAGGUCCAAGUUAAGCGCCGGACCGACGAUCAACCGCCUCAAAUCACCGUCACCUUCGUCAACGGAGUUGAGGAGAAAUUUGACGCCACCGCCACUCCAGCGCAGACCAUCCGGAACAUGAUUCUGGAGAAGGGUCAGUACCUGGAGACCGAGCAAAUGUUCCGAGAGGCUGGGGAGCGGUGGCCUGUCAUUAUACCUGAGGAAGAGCUCAACCAACCAUUCGCUGGUAUUAAGGUGAUUUCAGAGAAUGAUCCCAAAGGCUUGUUUUAAGGAGUUAAAUGACCUUUUGGUCGAGGAAAAAAAAAGUUCGGUGACCGAGCUAUGCCAUUUUUGAUAGUUUAGUAACCACUUUCGCCAUUUACCCUUCUCAAUGUUCAAGUUCCCUUUAUUACAUGACAUUAUUUCAAAUCAUCUGCAUGGUGCUGAAUGUCGUGAAUGGAAAUAUUUUGCUUGAUUGUAGGCGCAGGAUUAAUUUUCUAUAGCAGAUUGUAUACUCUAGUAGUAAUCUGAAGUAUACACGGCUUUGAGUACAUAUUUCUUUGUGCU